AUGUCCACAACACCUUUGGGAUCCCACAAGGGUGCAGAAGAUGCUAGCCUGGGAGGAUUAGUGUUAUUCUGUCUGGCAUGUCCCCAACCUGGCAUCAACAUUCCUGAAGAAGGUGUGGAUUAUUCACAUUGGACUCUGUCAAGAAGCUUGGUCAUGGAUGGAAAUUUCAAGGCAGAGCACAUGCAUCCAAAGGACAGUGGCAGUGAAGCACAUGUUAAUCAUGCAAAUGCCAACUGGCAACAGCUUGCAUCAACUGGAAUAGGGGGAAAUGCCUGUGUGUGGCAUGGCUGCUUUGUGCCACAUUCCAUGGUCAACUUCCAAAAGGGUGAACAGCAGGUUGACAUGGACUAUGCACUUGCCCAUGCUGUGUGGCAUGGAACAGUCCAUGGCCAGCAGGUGAUACAUUUCUAUGAUAUUAACUGCCAGUAUAGCAAAGGGCUAGCACAACAGGCUAUAGCAUUGGCAUUGAAGCAGAAACUCAAGGUUGCCAAGGAGUCUUAUUCCAUGGCUGUGGGGAGGUUUGCUGAUUUGAAUGGUAAUGUGCCACUGGCAAUCAGCCAAUCAUGGGCAGAAGAGGUGGAAGUGGCAUUACAAAACAGAUUGUUGAGGCCUCAGGCCAUGGAUAUAGAUGAGGUCCAGCUCCAAGAAGAAUUUGUACUGAGCUGCAAUGAAGCUCCCUCUGCAAAGGCCAUUGAGAUAGAUUUGCUUUCCAUCCCCCAGCCAGGACAGUCAGAGGGUAUGGCAACCUGGAUUGCCAAGGCAUUGAAGAUAGAAGAAGCACAAAUCCAACUUUCAGUGGUGUCCUGGCACAUCACCAGCAGCACAAUGGACGCUCAAAUUCUUACCAUUGCACAUUGCCAAGAUCAGCUUCAGUCACAUAUCUACAGCAUUUUAGACACUGCUGAAAGACUGUUUGGAGACAGAUUUGAUGAUGCUGAGCUGUUCCAUUCAUCUCAGCCAUGCAAGGUGGAAAAUAUUCAAUUACCACUGCCAUCCAAUGUUGGCAUGGAUCAUUUUGACCAAGCUGGCCUGGGAUAUGUGACAGGAAUGGAGCUGCAACUGAGGCAAGGACAGGCCAAUGAUUGUCUUCAUGAACUGUGGCUUGUGCUCACAGAGAAGGCAGUCAUCUUUUGA